UUUCGUUGCAACUUGAUUUGUAACACCGCAAAAUCCCCAAAACCUUAAAACCCUAAUCGCCGGAUCCUCCCGCACUCCUCUCGCUCAUCCAUGAUGUACGGCGGAGAGCCUCAGCACCAGCGACCGCCGCCGGGGCCACCAUUGCCUCCGCCACCGCAGCAGCACCAGAAUCCCCACCAGUUCCACCACCAGCAACCGCCACACGACUUUCCUCGGGGACCGCACCCCCCGUCGGGUCCCCCACCUCCGCAGAUAAUGCGGCAGCCCUCCGCCGCUUCCUCCACUAACGUUAAUCCUCCACCUGAUUUUCACCACCACCAGCAGCAACAGCCUGUUCAGUCUCCUUUCCCCGGGCAGCCACCCCCAUACGAUGCUCAUGGAGACAGUUUUGCUGCAAAAAGAAUGAGGAAAAUUGGACAAAGACGUGCGGUUGACUACACAAGUACUGUUGUACGAUAUAUGCAGGUUCGCAUGCUUCAGCGAGAUUCAAGAGAUAGGACAGUACUGCAACCAACUCCAGCAGCAGCCAUUGAUAUGUUGCCUACAGUUGCCUACUUAGACAAUCCUUCCACCAGUUUUGCUGCGAAGUUUGUACAUACAUCAUUGAAUAAAAACCGAUGUUCAAUUAAUCGGGUUGUGUGGACUCCUAGUGGGAGACGACUUAUUACUGGAUCUCAUAGUGGCGAAUUCACACUGUGGAAUGGGCAGUCCUUUAACUUUGAAAUGAUUCUGCAGGCUCAUGAACAAGCAGUUAGAUCUAUGAUAUGGAGUUACAAUGAGAACUGGAUGGUCACUGGAGAUGACGGUGGUGCCAUAAAGUACUGGCAAAAUAAUAUGAACAACGUUAAAGUGAAUAAAACUGCUCAUAAGGAGUCAGUCCGCGGCUUAAGUUUUUCUAGGACAGACUUAAAGUUCUGCUCCUGUUCUGAUGAUACAACAGUUAAAGUUUGGGACUUUGCUAGAUGCCAAGAUGAGCGGUCAUUAUCUGGCCAUGGUUGGGAUGUAAAGUGUAUUGAUUGGCAUCCUACCAAGUCAUUGUUGGUCUCCGGUGGUAAAGACAAUCUCGUCAAGUUAUGGGAUGCCAAGUCAGGGAAAGAACUUUGUUCUUUUCAUGGCCACAAGAACACAGUUCUUUGUGUAAAGUGGAAUCAAAAUGGUAACUGGGUUUUAACAGCUUCAAAAGAUCAGAUUAUCAAGCUAUAUGAUAUAAGGGCAAUGAAAGAACUUGAAGUUUUUCGUGGGCACAAGAAGGAUGUUACUGCGUUGGCUUGGCAUCCAUUCCAUGAAGAAUACUUUGUCAGUGGGAGUUCUGAUGGAGCAAUUUUCCAUUGGCUAGUUGGAGAUGAGACCCCUCAGGUUGAGAUUCCUAAUGCGCAUGAUAACAGUGUUUGGGACCUUGCAUGGCAUCCAAUAGGAUAUCUUCUUUGCAGUGGUGGAAAUGAUCAUGCAACGAAAUUUUGGAGCAGAAAUAGGCCUGGGGAACCAGCUCGUGACAAAUUUAACAUGGGGGGGUCAAACCAAGCAGGUUUUGUCGAGCAGAAUGUUGCUAUGGGGGGCCGCCUUCCUGCUCCUUUCCCAGCAGCUGAUGCCCCCACAAAUCCUGGACCAUUUGGAGUUGGGUUGGCUCGGAAUGAAGGAACGAUUCCUGGGAUAGGAGCAGCCAUGCCCCUAUCUGUGCCAUCUAUCGAUUCAGGUGCUCAAGGUGAGCAGAAGCCACCUAUGUCAAUUUCCAUGCCUUCAGGAGCUCCUCCUUUGCCACCUGGUCCACAUCCAUCUCUUCUUGCGGGCAACCAACAGCAACCGUACCAACAAAAUGCUCCACCCGUCCAACAGCAUCAACUACCACAGCAAAUUUCCUCUAUGCCGAUGCCACCGCCAAAUUUACCCCAAAUGCAACCUCCCCAUAUGCCCAUGUUGCAGCAUCCUCAUUUACCUCGACCGCCACCCCAGCUACAACAGCUUAACAUGUCUCCCAAUGCACCAUCUUCAAUGCCAGGAUCCCUGCCCAAUGCAUCAAUGCGCCCUGGUCAAAUGCCUGGUCCAAUGGGGAUGCAGGGUGGUAUGAAUCCAAUGCCCCAAGGUCACUUCAUGGGGAUGGCAAAUGGAUUGCCGAAUAUGCAGGGCCAAUCUAAUCCGAGUGGAAAUCAAAUGUUUCAACCAGGAGGUGGCUUCAACAGGCCACAAGGUGGGCAGAUGCCUAUGAUGCCAGGAAUUAACCCUUACCAGUCUGGGAAUCCGAAUGCACCUGGAAUGCAAUCAAAUUAUAAUCUUCCAUCAGGAGUUCCUCCCCCACUGCCUCCUGGCCCUCCGCCACACGGCCAAUCUCACCAGUAGACAAUUUGUUGUAUAUCUUUCUAUGUUUUUGUUGCGAUAAUGGUGCGCGCACCUCUCUCUCUCUCUCUCUCUCUCUGUUGUAUUGUAAAUUUAUAGCUCUGAUGGAGCCUUCCUUGUUACUUCUAUGCCUCUUGCUUGAACCAUAUAUUUUCUUCUUGCUGACCAUUAUAGCUCAUAUGAGAAGUGAUCUUAGAUUUGUAGCGAGCGAAUUCAUACUUGGAUUCUGAUGAUGUUUCUUGAUGACUAUGAUUUUAGCUUUAUUCUUCUUUCUUA